AUGGCGGAAAGUAGCGUUGCGAAAAGAAUAGAAAACAAAGAACCUGAGAAUGCGGGUAAAGAUACAGAAAAUGCGAUCGAAGAUGAAAAAGGAGAAAGUAAGGAAGAUAUUUAUGAAAUGCUAAUAGAGAUUAUGAAGGAGGUAAGGGGCACGAAAGGAGAAACAACGAAAGCGGGAGAAGAAACAAGGGAGGAGCUAAAGUUAAUCAAAGUAAAGAUAGAAAUAAUGAAAAGUGAAUGGGACAAGGAGAAGAAGGAAAUUGACGAAAGAUUUAAGCGACUGGAGGAAAGAAUGGAGAACCCGUGUGCCGGGGCGGAAGAAAAUAAUUUAAGGGGUAUACAGAAAAAGGUGACGGAGUUACAGAAGAGCAUGGAGGAAAAUAGGGGAAAUGAACAGGUAAGAGUGUUAGAGAAGGAAAUGAUGGGGUUGAAGAAAUUGAUGGAAGCACAGGAAAGGAAAGAAAGAAUGAACAACAUUGUCAUCAAAGGUUUCAAGAAAGAAUCGCAAAAUUUGGUCCAAGAGGUGCCUGAUUUAUUGCGGCAACAUUUGAAAGUACGGGUGAACUUUGAAUGGAUGAAGGAGGUGGGAAAAGAGGAAAAAGAGAUUAAUUGCAAAAUGCGAAAGUUGGAAGCAAAAACAAGAUAUAACGAGGAGUACAAAUAUAUUCAUUGA